UUCGACUUCACCGUCGUCUUCAACAAGAACGCGCUGGUCUGCUACCACCCCGAUGCCCGGCUCUUCUACGCCUGCGACGGGGGGCUGCUGCACAGUGUUGCCAUCCUGGUGGCUUGGUUCCUCAACUCCAACGGCACCACCUGGUUGGAGCGCGCCGAAAGCCGGCGCCGGGCUUGCCAAGAGCUGGCCACCGAGUUCUGGACGGCCACGGCGCUGCGGAGGAUGCCACCCCAGGUCCGCAUCGUCCCCGUCCCCCUCUCCAACGCCCCCGGCUCUGUCCGCCUCACUUGCCACAUCUGGGGCUUCUACCCCCCGGAGGUGACUGUCCUCUGGCUGCGCAACGGGGACACGGUGGUGGUGGCGGUGGUGCUCAUGACCUUGGGGCUGGUGGUCUUCGCCGCAGGCACCUUCUGCUACUGCCGCCAGGCGCCGG